UGAGGUAAAUUGCGCUUCAGACAUCACUCAACACAUGGCUUCGAGACUUAAUAUCUUCUCACGGGUCGGUCCCGACACUCAGAGCUGUUUUUAGUCUGACGACAAUUUACUUGUGUCGUUUUUUAACAGAGACGAAGGUUUUAACCCAGAAGAGAGGACUGAUACCGGAAAAAAUCCGGUUUGGAAAGAAUUUGACACGACGGCAGAGUUCAUGGUCUUAAAGGACUCCUCCCAUGUGAUGAAAGACAUGGACAUCUUCAACGGUACCUCAGAGCCCGGAGGGCCGUCAGACUUUGACCUCAUUGAGGAAAUCAUCACAGAGGAUAGGUCGCGUGCCUCCCUCCCUGGACCUCGUCCUCCUCCUCCUCCUGCCGACCUCCUCAGCCAGCCACACAGCCAGAACCACAGGAUGCUCCGACCAAGCUCCUCACCGACAUCUCAGCCCGUGUUGGUGGCGAGAGGCACUGCAUGUCAGCCAGCCUGCACCUUCCCUCAGCCCCAGCAGCAGUCGUGCACGUCCAGAGAGAUGGCUCAUCCUUCCCGGGGAGCACUCUCCCCAGCAGGUUCCUCUCGCCGCGGUCGGGCCUCCUCAUGUUCGCUGACUUCUAAAGGCUCUGUCGGCGUUUCCCCUCAGAACUGUGGAGGCGACACCGACAUGCUGGAGUGUGCUCUGAAUAAGCCCAAGCUUGUGGUGGUGGAGGAGCCCAAGGAGAGAGGCAUGAGGUUUCGCUAUGAAUGUGAGGGACGCUCGGCCGGCAGCAUCCUGGGGGCGUCCAGCACUGAAACCAACAAGAGUCAGCCUGCCAUCGAGAUUCAAGGUACCAUCGACCACUUAAAGAAGGUCAAGGUCACCGUCUCCUUGGUGACCAAAGAUCCCCCACACCGGCCUCACCCGCACUGCCUUGUGGGUAAGGACUGCCCGAACGGCUCAGGGAUCUGCGUGGUCACAAUCAAUCCUCACAGCAACCGACGUCACAGUUUUGCUAACCUCGGUAUCCAGUGUGUGAGGAGGAAAGAGCUGGACGUCUCACUUCAGAAGAGAAGAAACCAAAAUAUCGACCCCUUUCAUACUGGUCACACAAAGGGCAUUGAAGACAUAGACAUGAACGCUGUGCGCCUGUGUUUCCAGUGUGAUUUAGAGUGGGAAGACGGAAGAAAAGACAGCCUCAACCCAGUGGUGUCCAACCCCAUCUUUGACAAAAAGGCCACGACUACAUCGCAGCUGAAGAUCGGCCGUUUUAACCAGUACAGCGGUUCCUGCACUGGCAAGACAGAGAUCUACAUGCUGUGUGACAAAGUGCAGAAAGAUGACAUCGAGAUCAUCUUCAGGCGAGGGUCGUGGAAGGCCAACGGGGAGUUUGCCCAGACAGAUGUGCACCGGCAGAUCGCCAUUGUGUUUAAGACUCCGCCUUACCAGGACCAGGACAUCACAGAGGAGGUCGAAGUCAGCGUGGUCCUGCGUCGUCUCUCAGACCAAAUGGAGAGCGAGUCUGUUACCUUCACGUACCUGCCACACAACCCGGAUCCAUAUGAGGUUAAGCGCAAGAGAAAGAUCAAGUCAGACAUCAACUUCAAAGAGAAACCUUGUGUGUCAGCAGAAAGUGCUCCUGCAGUGGAGCAACCGUUCUCUUUCCCGCAGCCUCAGACCAUGAUGUCUCCAGAUGAGAGGCUUUGCCCUGGCCAGCCUGGAGCCUCUGCUUUAGGGGAAAUAUGCUACAAUGAGCCCCAGGACUCAUACAAUGCCACUGAUGCCACAGCCAUCCUUCAUCAGUUACUGGAAGUACCUGGAGUAUUGGACAUGAUUUCUGACCCAAACUUUACACUUUCUAUGCCCUCCAGCUUUGAGCAGGUGCCCAACGCCAACCCCACGUUUGCAAACAUGGAUAUGAAUUUAAACCAGAACUUUGGGUCGUACGCUCCGAACUUUUCCUUAUACAAUGACGUGCAGUUCAACAUGCUCUUCAAUGAGAACCAGACUCUCCAGAUAGAGGCACAAGAUAGCCCGUCCAACAUGGUCCAGGUGAAGACAGAAGAGGAGUUAUAAGAUGGAAUGAAGCGCCCUUACACAAACUCUCUGUCCAAGAAUAAUUAGACAUUUUGGGAAAUGCACUUAUUUGCUUUCUUGCAGGAAGUCUGAUAAGAGCUCUCUGCAAGAAAGACCUUGCUGGUCAAGGCUUUCGGAGCAGGUUAACAUUCCUUCGUGUGUGCAGUUAACUCUGCCAGCAUUAAUUUUCAGGAGAAGGUGAUUAAAAAGAAAGCUCAUAAACAUCUAUAUUUACCUUAGGAACAAUGAAAACUCUUCAAUCACUUGCCCGCCAUUGCAAUAAAUGAUUGGUGAGGUAAGUAAAGUAGGUAAAGUACCUGUCCUGUUAGUCUAAGGUUUGUUUUGCUUGCUUCAGCGUGAUUUUGGGAAAACAAAUGUCCUACUAGAUGUAGGAUUUUAGUAAAGAUCUGCCCUUCACAUUAUUCUUGCGUGUUAUUAAUCUUCUGUUUCUGUGGCCGUCACACCCACUGGCUUGCAUAUUAUUUAACCCACGUAAUAGUAAUAGAAACCACUCCUCCUCCUAUUUAUAGCUGUUGGUGUCAGUUCCUAUUGUUCUAGAGUUUCACUCUCGUGCUUAACAUUCAAAUUUCCACUUGCAGCUUGUCAUAAGUCCAACUCCGCCCCUGGCUGUGGCAUUGUAGUGUCAGUAUUUCAAAAAAGAAAAAAAUAAAAUGUCAGUUUGUGUUGUUUUUCUCUUG